AUGAAGCAAGAAACUCUUGAAGAUGUUCAUACUGGUGAUAUGGUAGCUUUUAUCGAAGAAAUCAAAGAAGUAACUCCUGAACAUGCAGUGUUCAAAAGUAUGUAUGCCGAUGGUGACCUUCAUGAAGAAAGCAUUGAGGGACAUGUAUUGGAGAUCGAAGUCUCUAGUCAAUCAUCUGUCAUAUCGAGCUUUGAAGCUUCCAAAAAAUCUAUCGAGGAGAUCAUAAGAGAAUAUGGCAAUGGAUCCUAUGUUGGUGUUGAGACUUCACAAGAAAUUGAUAGAGUUUCUCUGGAUAAUAUAAUUGUCGAGAAGUUAAGAGAAAGGGGGAGUUUGAGAACUCAACAAGGAGAUAAUUUACAUGGAUCAACUGUCGGUGAAAAAUCUUUAUCAUUUGAAGAAGGAAGAGGAGUCCGGAAGAAAGUGCUAAGAUUUUCACCAAGGCGUGGCUCAAAGCUUCGUUUGAGCUCUUCCAUGACAAGUGUGGGUCCAAAAAGGCAAAGGGUUGUGGCCUUGACUCUUCCUAAUUUGCAACUUCAAGGCACAAUUUCCCCGUCUUUGGCCAAUUUGUCCUUCCUCAGUGAGAUCAAUCUUGGGAACAAUAACUUCUGUGGUGGCAUCCCUUAUGGACUUGGCCACUUGCCUCGCUUGCGAGUGAUUGAUAUUCAAAACAAUCAGUUUAACGGAAUGGUGAAAUGUGGAGAGGGGCCAUGGUAUGUACCCGAACUCAGAGUCUUAAAUCUCGGGAACAAUAGCCUAACCGGUAUAGUCCCUCCUUCUGUUGGAAAUGCCACAAGAAUGAUGAACUUCAAUUUGUCUGGGAAUAGAGUCAGUGGCAACAUUCCAAAGGAGGUCGGUAAUCUGAGCCAGCUUGCAUUUCUGUCCUUGAUCGAUAAUCAAUUAACUGGUUCCAUUCCUACAUCACUUUUUAAUAUCUCGUCACUUCUUGUCCUAUCUCUGAGAAAUAAUAUCCUUUCUGGUCCUCUCUUGCUAAACGAAGGAAAUAUUGUUUCAAAUCUGAACCUUUUAAGUAUAUCUUACAACCAAAUAUCUGGUUGCAUUCCUUCCAACAUAUGCCAACUCACAGAGCUCAAAGUUUUGUCCAUAUCUUUCAACAAUAUAGCUGGAGACAUACCCAGAAAUAUUGGUUGUUUAUCCAAACUCGAGAAAUUUUAUAUGGGUGAUAAUCCAAUAAAAGGGACUAUUCCCACUUCAUUGGGAAAUAUUUCCACUCUGCAUGAUCUUUACUGUCAAAACAAUCGGAUAGUGGGGGGAAUUCCUCCGGAAUUAGGGAAGCUAUCAAAUUUGAGGCAAUUAACCUUUGACAAUAAUUCUAAUCUUAUUGGUCAAAUUCCAGAGGCUAUUUUCAACAUAUCUUCUUUGGAAGUGAUUGGUUUCACUUUAAACAACCUCUCCGGGAGAAUUCCAACCACUACAGGUCUUCAUCUUCCGAACCUUAAAGUACUUGAGUUGGGAGUCAAUCAGCUGGAAGGGGAAAUUCCAUUGUUCAUAGCAAAUGCUUCCAAGCUUCAGAAACUGGAGCUAAAUAAUAACUUUCUGACAGGAACUAUUCCUAAUAAUUUGGGGAAUCUUCGUGAGCUGCAAGCACUGCUCCUACAUACCAAUCAACUUACCAAUGAACCAAGAGAACGUGAGUUGUUAUUCUUCAAUUCUUUGGCGGACUGUAAGAUGUUGCGAUAUCUACAAGUGGGUAAAAAUCCGUUGAAUGGCAUUCUGCCCAAUUCAAUUGGGAAUCUUUCAUCUACUAUUGAAAACAUUUAUAUAGGAUAUGCACACAUCAAUGGCCUCAUCCCCACAAAUGUAGGCAACAUGAGCGGUCUUACAGUCAUAGACAUUCAAGGAAACAACUUGACAGGGAGUAUUCCUUCUGAGAUUGGUAAGCUUAAACAACUCCAAGGGCUGUAUCUAGAUAAAAAUAAAUUGCAGGGACAUAUUCCAGAGGCGGUAUGCCAUUUAUCUAAUUUGGUUAAACUAUUUCUGAAUGGUAAUGAGCUCUCUGGAUUAAUUCCAGAAUGCUUAGGAAAUCUUAGCAUGCUACAAAAGCUUUAUUUGUAUUCUAAUAAAUUUUCAUCAAAAUUUCCAUUGAGCCUUUGGAAGAUGAGUAGUCUUCUCUAUCUAAGUGUGUCACUGAAUUCAGUAGAGGGAGAAGUUCCAUCAGAUAUUGGAGGAAUGAAAGCCAUUGUAGAACUACAUCUUUCCAGUACUAUUCCUAAGUCUUUGGAAAAACUCUCAUACCUUAAAAGCAUUAAUGUUUCCUUUAAUGAUUUAGAAGGUGAAAUACCGAGUGGUGGUGUGUUUGCAAAUUCCACUCUGCAAUCAUUUCUUGGGAACAAAGGUCUAUGUGGAAUGCACAUAUUGGAGAUUCCUGCUUGUGCUAUCACUAAUCCUGGAAAACAAUCAAAGCUUAGGGAGGUUCUGCUAAAAUUUGUUACUCCAGUGGUUAUUGCAUCCUUUCUGAUAUUCUUGUUGGUUUCAAUUUGGAUAAUGAAACGACAGAAGAAAGGAAAGUCCAAAGAGGUAGAGAAGGUACUGGAGAUCGGGACUCAUCAAUUAGUUUCUUAUCACGAGAUUCAACGAGCAACAAAUAAUUUUGAUGAAUCCAAUUUAAUUGGUGAGGGAAGCUCUGGCUCUGUGUACAAAGGCACAUUGUUUGGUGGAACUGCAGUGGCCAUUAAGGUUCUGCAUUUGGACAAUGAGCAAAGCCUUUGUUCUGCAAUUUAUGCCCAAUGGAAGUCUUGA